AUGCGGCCUCUCCCCGCGCGCGCCGGCGUCGGAGCCGGCCUUGCCUGCGCUCUCCUUAGCGCGGUUCUGGGGAUGGAGCUAAGUCUGCAGGAAAGUUUGCUGUUAAAAUCCUUGGGUUUGAGCACCAAGCCCAGCCCGAAAACCCCCGUUCCUGUGCCGUCGGUGCUCUGGAGGAUCUUCCAGAGGAGAAGGAUACUGCCUUCUACAAACAAAGACCUGGUGGAUGCUUGUAGGGUGGAGGAAUUUAACGUCCCUGGGAACAUCAUCCGUGUCUUUGCUGACCAAGGCCACUUCAUUCAUAACGGGCAGCCCCAGAGCUUGCGGUGUCUGCAGAAGCGUCUGUACUUUAACCUCUCCGUGCUGGAGGAGGGCGAGAGCUUGACGAUGGCUCAGCUGGAGAUCAAAUUCAGCCACAACUCCUACCACACCUCCAGCCAGGGGCAGGUUUUUGAGCUGAGGCUCUACCGAACCACCCAGGUGUCCCUCCGGGGGAUGCAUUCCCACGAGCACGGCCGAAAGCUGCUGGUGGAGCGCUCCUUCGCCCAGCUGCACAAGUCUCUUCUCUUCAACCUG